AAGAAAACAAAAUCGACUGAAAUGGAUUCCGUCCAGAAAGAAUUUACGUAUUCCUUCAAAACCAAGGAAUAUUUGACAAAGUUAGGUGUUCCAAUAACUAUACCUCUGAAUAUCUCAGCUGAAGAAUUUGUUGGACGGUUGAUCAGUGCACACAAUCUUCCCUGUUUCGUCGAAGAAGAACUAACACGAGAGCUGGAAAAAUUUGUUAUCAAGGAAACGGAAGCAUUUCACAAUAAAAAUGGUGAGGAGGCUAUCAGAGUGUUGCAGUCCAGUGGUGAUGAGGAGAUAGGAAACAUUGCAGAUAGAUGGGCAAGGGCGUUCACACAGGAAUGUGUAAACCAUGCACCAAACACCAAACCCAAAGAUGAAGCUGUGUUUGGCGAGAUGUUUCAUACCCUCAUACACUCUCCUGCUCUUGAGACAAUCUUUAAGUUAGAACACACCUACGCUAUUCCUGUAGAAUGUGUAAGCCAUGCACCAAACACCAAACCCAAAGAUGAAGCUGUGUUUGGCGAGAUGUUUCAUACCCUCAUACACUCUCCUGCUCUAGAGACGAUCUUGAAGUUUAAGUUAGAACACACCUACUCGAUGUCUGAAUGUGUAAGCCAUGCACCAAACACCAAACCCAAAGAUGAAGCGGUGUUUGGCGAGAUGUUUCAUACCCUCAUACACUCUCCUGCUCUUGAGACAAUCUUUAAGUUAGAACACACUUACUCCAUGGCAGUAGAAGACAUAGUGAAGCAGAGAGAUGCUGCUCUACGUAAGCUACAAGACAAACAAGCAAAGGAGAUGGAGAGAGCUGUCAAGAAUCUAGAUAUCACCCAUGAUGAUCUACACGUCAACCGUCUUGCAGCCAUCCACUUUGAAAACACUCAAAGAGAGGAGUCGAGAUGGGACAACGAGUUGCGCAACCUUCAAGAUUCUCAGCGUGAGGAGUUUCAUGAGUGGAUCAAGAACUUACAUGAGGACAUGGGGAACGGUGUAGAAGGACCUGUAAGUCGUAGGAUCAGAGCAUUGUCAGAGUCGAUGCCGGUGGAACCUGAAGAAAACGUUCCUGAUCAACCCAAGAUGGAGGAGAGCUACACCAUUCAUUUAGGUGCCCAAAUGAAGACCAUGCACAACCUGCGACUGAUGAGUAUAGAUGUCUUGGAUCUGGGUAGGCAUAAACCUAACAGAGAAGGGGGAAUUUUAAUACCUCAACCCCAGCGACUGCAGACUGCUCUUUCACUUUAUUCAACCAAUCUGUCAGGGGUGGUGCUCAUGGUGGAUGAUAGGGUCAGCUCUUAUACCGGUAUUAAAAGAGAUUUUGCCACAGUGUGUCAGCAGUCGACAGACUUCCAUUUCCCGGACCUAGAGACCCAGCUCAGAGUGAUCCAUCAGGGCGCCCUCAGGGUCAACGCAAGGCGCAAGGACAAAAAGAAAUUAAGUGGCGGAGACAGCAGUUCAAGCAGUGGGUCUGAGAGUAGCAGACCAACAUCAUUACACGAAGAUGGUGAACUCACCACAAACCUCAGAACAGGUGAUUUCUACGUUACAAGGCAUUCCAAUCUUGCCGAGUGUCACAUCAUCUUUCAUCUGGUGUCAGACGACAGCUUACGAUCCAGCGACAUCAACUCCCGACACCGCUGUAUCCUCGCGCUGCGGAACAUCUUGAAGUACGCCGUUCAGUUUGAUAUCCUCUCCAUCACGCUUCCAUUGUUCCUCAUGUAUGAGAUGUAUGAGGAAAUGACAAUACCUUGGUGUAUCAAGCGAGCUGAACUAGUCUUCAAGUGUGUUAAAGGUUUCAUGAUGGAGAUGGCUACAUGGGGAGGGAACGAAUCGAGAACCAUUCAGUUUGUUGUACCAAAGGGUAUAUCAGAUGAUCUGUUCUCUCAGCUGAGCUCCAUGCUACCUCAGAUCUUCAGAAUGUCAAGGACAGUGGAUCUAACACAUACCACUACCCCCAAGAGAAAGUGAUUUGUAAACCCACCUUGAACUCUCUCUCAUCAAAUGUUCUCCAUGAGUAUGAUUCUGAAUCUCUAGAAUGACUUGGAAUGAUCUUUAAAGAAUGUCUUGAACAGUGGAUACAUGAACAGAUGUACAACAACCGCCAUGAUGAAGUGAUGGACAAACCCUGCUUGAAACAUCUUGUCUAAACCUUGCCUGGUAUAUCAUCUGUUGUGGAGCCAGCAAUGUGUCAAGUUUUAUCAUUAUACAUAGAGGUAACGUCUUUCUGGCUCCAAACAGAUGCUGUGUAUGCAUGAACAGUAUGUAUAUCUAAAUUUACCUUGAAUGAUAUUUAUAAUGUCAAAAACAAUGGAUCUAUUAAACGAACACAUGCCACUGCAGAGCAGAGAAAGUGAUGGACAAACCUAGCUUUAAAUCUCUCCUGGAAUCCUUGUUUUUCUAGAACAACUUUGAAUGGUCUUUAGAAUGUCGAGAACAGUGAACCUAACCCAUUCAACCACAAGAGAGAGUGCUGGACAAAAGAGCUUGAAAUCUUUCAUCAAAUCUUUGUCUGGUAUCUAUAUCUCUAUUAAAGAUGAACUGUAAUAUACACCUGACAGUGGUUCUCCAAUUUUUUAUCCUCCAAACCCCUGAUAAUGAUCAAGUUGGUUACAGUAAGAACAAAAUGAAUGGCUUUUGUGUAAACUUUACUCAAAAUGUUUGAUGAUGUUAACUAUAUUAAUAUUUAUAUAUCAUUCCCAAUUCGAUGUACUAUAGUUCAUCUGGUAGAGGUACAUGUACAGUGUUGCAGGGCCCAUCUCUCUGAUUUAUGCUCAGGAGCCCAAUUUGGGAAUGUUAUCUGGUUAUAUAGUCAUCAUUUCUGGUAAUUUUGGAACAGCCCUUUACCUUUACCCUUUAUGAAUGUUGUUACACUAUGUCAUGAAAUGAAAUCAUACCAAAGUAAGAGUA